AUGGCAGCAACAAUGUUAGUGGAUGCUGAUGGUGGCGGAGCGGUGUGGCUGGGAAGGCCAUACUCGACUAGGGGUGGCACUUUACUUUUACUUUACUGUAAAUGUGCCACCCCUAAUCAUACUUUGCUUAUUAUUAUGAAAAACAUGCAAUUCACCAAGGCUUCUUAUUUGUUUAUUUUAUUCCAUUUUCAAACAACAAUCACCACGACCAACUCCCUUCCCACCAAUCAUCUCCAAAAUACAUUAGAUGUCCUACACAAUAAUCAAUCACCAUACACCAAAUGCCAAAGUCACAUUACGCACACCCAAUUUCUCCAUCUUCUUUCCAAAAAUCGAUGUCAACCAGUUCUUGAUAAUUCUCAAUCAAUGAAUAAUGAACAGCGACUCCGAAGAGAUGUUGUUGGAGGGAGUAUCGAUGCAAAGGCUUUGCAAAAUACAAUCAAUGACAACCGCAUCAUGAUCGAAUACUUGUUCAACAAUACAAUCAAUCAUACAGUACUAGCAGAUGUUUUAUUGAAGCACACCAACAGAAUCCCCACAUUUACCAGCUGGCGGGAUCUUGUUGAUGUCAUAUGUAUUGUAACAUUUAUAUUUGUAGCAUUAUAUUACAUAAUCUGUCGAAUUGGAAUUCGAAUCUGCGAUAAAUUCAUUAUCUGGAUCUUUCGUCCAGUCCUACAAAGAGUCCAAAAAGCGCAGCCACCAGCACAAAACCAGCACAAAACCAGCACAUACCAACUACCAAUACUAACUCUAACUCAAUUAAUACACCAACUGCUCCUCCAACCAUUUCUCAGCACUUGA